CAAAUCCAGUUCAGUCUGUGAAUGACAACACGCAGACGCCAAAACACACGUGUGCUACUCCAAUAUGGCGCUGCCCAGGGAAAGUCAUGUUAUGAGCUUUCCAUAUAGUAUGGGGAUUCGGGAGACAAAUUGUCUGAGUGGAAUGGAGUGAUGCUGGAUGGGGAGCCAUGUCAACAACAUAAACCUUGCCUAAACUGAAAUGUAUUACACUUCACCCCAGAAGGAACUAGCAUGCGAACGACAUAACAAUUAGAUACCAUGUCGUCUGGUUUGCAGUUAAAACAGGCGAUCCUUGCCACACACAGACUAGUGCGACUGUGUGGGGUUUUGAGGGAGAGCUGUCACCUAUGUCCCAGCAGACUCCCUGUCAGUGCCAGAGCAAGAGGUUUUGGGACGAACCCUGCAGGCUCAGGAGGAGAGGAUGGAGGCAGCUCAUCCCAAAACUCUGUCCCCAACAUUCCCUCUGUACCCUUCAAACGGCCACUGUUUGGCAGGAGGAGGCACCUGUCACCUUUAGAGAGAAUCAGUCGUCUGGUACCAGAGGAGAAUCUGACAUCCGAGGUAUUGCAGCUUAGGGAGGACACAAAGGAUGAGGACGGUGCGGGAUCAGAGAAUACACAGACUGGUAAAGGACCAAGUCAGUCUUUACCUGGACAGACAUCCAAUCAUGAACAGGUAGUUGUUGGUGAAUGUAAAGAGGACAGCCAAAGUCAAACAAAAGUUCAGGAAUUGGACAGUGUGCUAGUUGGUAAUAGUGUGGAUACUGUAGCCUCAGCAGACAUUGGGCACGCACUAGAGAACUUGGAAGAAUCCUGUACAGACAGUUCUGUGACCGACCACCUCCCUGGAGAGCGACCAUUGUCCUAUGGAGAACUCGUCUUGGCUGACCGCAAGAGGAAGAAGCGGACUGAGUUCCGCAAGAUGUUCCUCCUGGAGGAAGGCGCAAAGCUGCACAGCACGUGGGGCUGGGUUGCCCAUGACGACAUCGCCAAGCAACCGUCAGGCUCCAUCCUCCACACCUCCCUGGGAACUUCGUUACUCCUACGCAGGCCCAGCCUGGAUGAGUACACCUUGUACAUGAGGAGAGGGCCAGCCAUCAGCUACCCCAAGGUAUCCCCUAAGGACUGCACAGCCAUGCUUCAGAUGAUGGAUGUGACGGAGGGGGACUGCGUGCUGGAGUCAGGCUCCGGGUCGGGGUCCAUGACGCUCUUCUUGUCCAGGGCAGUGGGUUCCAAGGGCCGAGUACUGAGCGUGGAGGUGAGAGACGAUCACCACAGACGGGCCUCCCUCAACUACAAGCGCUGGCGGACAUCCUGGGCCCAGCGUCGCGGAGAGGACUGGCCCGACAACGUGCACUUUGUCAAGGCAGACCUGCAGACUGCCGGGCCCCUCCUGAAUGGCUGGGGCUUUCAUUCGAUUGCACUGGAUAUGGUGGAUCCUCAUCUUGUUCUUCCCACUGUGGUUCCCCACCUGCAUCCAGGGGCCGUCUGUGCUGUUUACUUGGCGAAUAUCACACAGGUUGUUGAUUUGCUGGAUGGAAUCCGAUGCUCCAAAGUGCCUCUGAUGUGUGAACGCAUCGCCGAGGUGCAGUACCGCGAUUGGUUGGUGGCCCCGUCAAUCAGGAAAGAUGGCAGCCUCAACAACAGGAAAGCUCCCAAAGGAGAGAUCCAUGAGGAAGAUGAUGAUGAGGAAGAGGAUGACAACUCUAAUGGUGAAGAUAAGGAAGAAGCCAGAAGUCCAGGUAAUGGCAGGCCCUUUGGCAGUGUGCCAUACGUGGCAAGACCACAUCCAGAACAGACCAGUCACACAGCGUUCCUGGUCAAACUUCGAAAGGUUCUGAAAUAGAUACUUAAUCCCUCACCAAAAAAAGUCAAUGAGACGUAGAGAUUAUGUUUCAGUUGAGUGUACAGAACAGCCUGUGUUAACCAUGUCAUUUUGUUCCAUUAAACGUAAUCUUUUGCAACAA